CGGUUGCGUGCAUGAUAACAGCACAAGAAAGAAGAACUCUUCCUCCAAACUGUAUGUUUCAACAAAGCAUGAUAUUACUUACAAUUAGGAGUACCGAUUUAAACUCUUGAAGUCACGCUCGGUGCUUCACAGAUCUGAAUCAUCAUCUUAGUCAGCAGGGGGAUUCCACAUUCAAAAGCUAGUACGCAUGCCAUCAAAACAAGAAUGAGGAACACACUCGUAUGCAGUCUGCAAGGAUUCCAGUUCGUGUGCCCAGAGGCGGUUAUUUUGAACCCGACAGUGCUGCUUGCCAAUAGGAAGGAGUGCUCUGGGAAGUGUGCAGAUGGUGGUACAGUGCGCAGCUGGCAAGACAUCGUGUCACGGAUCCCUCUCUAUCGGAGAAUACCUUGAACAGCACGGGUAGAGGAGACAGAGAUGCUAGUCACAGUCUACUCUUUGAAUCCUCAUUCGUCCCACCAUCUGAUGCGAAAUCUAGACAUUGACAGCGUGGUUUAACAUCUCUAAUUAUCCCACCUUUUCCUAAUAUGGGAUUCGGAGAACGUGGACACGCAAGAACAUUUCUUACAGAGCACUCAAGAGAUGUAUGUUGCAGUGGUAGCUGCGAUGGUGGUGAGUGGUAGGAAAGAAAUGACAGCUUCUGUGUUCAGCUCUGAGGAUACAACAGUGAACACACAGACAAGGGCCAGUUACACAACAGUGAACACACAAACAAGGGCCAGUUACAGACACAGAGACAGCACCACACAAGAGUCGACAUCAGGAUACCCAUAUGUGCCGAGUACCAGACUUAUGGACAGCAGAUCGACGCAGGAAGAGCAAAUGGCGGAGUAUAAAUACUUCUAUGAAGGCAGCUCAAAUUAUACGAAUAGGACACAGGAAGGAACUGAAGAACCGAAUAAGACGUCUGGAUUUCGACGUGAUCCAGUAACAGAACGUGACAAAUUGACAACAGAGGAUGCAACUGAUCACGCGAAAGGAUUUUCUGAAUCCAUAAAUUUCACUGAUAAAACAAAUGUUCAGAACACGAUACCUGGAAAUCCAUAUCAGUUCAGAAACAACAAUGGGGACUGCGGUGAGACAAUGAAAGCACAGACCUACCAAGAUAUGAAGACUGAAUUCCCAGACACAAUCACGACAAAGGAUACGAUCUUUAGGCAAGACAGAGACCAACCAUGUGCAUGGUAUGGACUUAACGACAAACUUGCACUAAACAGAACAAACUACGCACAGCAAAGAGGAGUUAACCAGAAGAUGUUACUAACAUCAAUAUCCAAUAUUGAUCACAGAGAAACUAAUAGUCAACGUCUAUUGAAGGUGCUGAUUCACGAAGACCAUGAACUCAACAAAACUCUUGAGGAAGCAUGGAAUUACACUCAACAUUUCUUAAAUUCCGGUGACUUGGAAUUAGGCCAAGAAGCCAUAAAUUUAACACAGAAAUAUGUUGCCAGAAGACGGUACUGGUUGCGGUACAUGCAGUUGUUUUCACUCAGUAAGACGGAUGUGCCACUGUUAGCUGACGGAACCGCUCUUCAAGUGAGGGAUAUGGAGUUGAAAGAAAUGGAAACCGUCCUGAGUAAGCUUCAAGAUAUUCACAGAGUAGUUAAGAUUGUCAAAACUAACGAAGACAACUUCCGUACUUAUUCCCAUACUAAUAAUUACAGUGCAACUUCGUCAUUCCUGUUCGAAACUGAAGGCUAUUUGGAUGACUUAACAGCCGCCGUUAGUGACAUAGAGAAAAUAUGGGAGCAAUACAGCCUUAAGGGUUACUUUAUAUUUCCAUGGAAUCUUUCCUUUCAUCUAGUUUCAGACAGGAAGACGUAUUUGGGAGCCAUGAAUCAAAGUUUCCAGGAAGAAUAUAUGCAGACCAUGAAGAAGAAGGAUUUAGAGGAGCUGUUUCAGUAUUACAUAUAUCCAGGUGUUUUCAUGGUGAUAUUUGUGUUAGGUGUGCUGGGAAACGGCGUGCUGUUACACAUAUUUGUGAAACAUAAGGAGAUACGCAAAGCACCCAACAUCAUGAUCUUCAAUCUCGCAUUAACGGACAUCAUGAACUUAUUUGCUAACGCUCCACUGUAUUAUGUUUCCAAGUACUACAGCGAAUGGAUAUUCUUGGAUGUGUAUGGAUGUAGGGUUUUCGUCACUUUUCGUUUUCUCAAUCACACUAUUAUUGAGUUAUCUAUUGUUGCACUGAGCGCUCAGCGUUACUAUGCAGUGGCUACAGCCCUUGACUAUCCAACUUUACGGAGACUAUCAGCGCGUUCCAGAACUAUUCUCUUCAUCCUUAUAGUCUGGCUAACAGCUCUAGUCCUUUCUUUACCACCUUCAAUAAUUUUUGAGUUCAAGGACGGUGUAUGUUUUCCAUUUGUAAGGUCUCAAAUCGUUGUUAAAGCACUGGAUAUAUUUUAUUUCACUUUCUUUUGUUUUUUCCUUCCUGUAACUAUGGGUGUAUUCAGCGUUUUGACAGCUCGUAAGUUGAGACAAAGUGUAAGUAAUAUGCCUGGAGAACUUCGUUACAAAACUCGAGAAACAGCUCGUUACAGAAGUGCCAAAGUGGUCACGUCUCUUGCCCUCUCUUACGCUAUUAGUCAUAUUCCAAGAUCCAUUUGGUUCUUUUUAGUGUCAUUUUUUCACCUCAACAGACGGGAAAUGAAAUACAUUAUUGUUGAUGAAGUGACGAACUACUUAAUUUUCUCUAACUCUUGUUUAAAUCCGUUGGCGCUGUACAUAGCCAGCGGUACGUUCCGACAGCUGUUCAAGCGACAUCUGUUCUGUGUUCAGCAAAACAAACAGGGCUCUGCCCCUUUGCACCGACAAGUGACAGCGAGCAGUAGUACACGGCUGGUGUACUUUAUUGACUCUCACGCUGGAGACAAGGCCAGUUCUAAAACUUCUCUUAAGAGACAAAGUGUUGGAGAUGGAAGUGAUGUUAAUGUAAAUAUAAACCCUAGUGUUAAUAAUGACUAACUGCCUGCGGAAAAUCUUUGAGAAAGAAAUAUAUACUAUUCCACAUCCUCUACCUCUA